UUUUGGGGGGUUUUAAGCUUAGUAUAAAUAUGUCUUAUGGCAUAAAGGUAAUUGUAGAUUUAAAGUAAUUGAGAGUAUCUUUAGGUUUCGUAUUGUUUAUGAUAGUUUAAAAAUUUACAGAUUUUACAUAAAUAAUAAGCUUUCAAAAGAUGCUUAAAAGCAUUAAGCUUUAUAAUAGGUUUAUUUCAGUUCAAAUAUCUCACUCAAAGAGUUGCUUACAUAUAUAAACUCUUUGAGCUUCAGUUCUGGCAACAGAUAUUUCUAAAGUACCCAAAUUUUAAGGGCUUAGCUUUUUUCUGUGAAAAAAAGUAACCAUGUUUUCACUCAAAACUCAAAAGAGAUAGAUAAGGUUUUAUACUCUAAAUGAUUGUGAUUAGCCUAGCAUAAAUCCUCUAUUGGGAAAACUACUAGAGAUCACAUUGCAUUCUUGAUAAGAGUGAUUACAAAGAAGCUUACUACUUUCCAUCACUUUCAUGUUUAUUAUUGAAGAGAAUUACCAACUUAGAAUACAUAACAAUAACUCUUUAUUUAGAUACAACAAUGAAGAAAGCUGAAGAAUGAGUUGCAUGUUUCAAAGGGAAUUAACAGAGUCUGCAGAAGGAACUCAUACGUGACCUGCUGACCUUUAAAUAGCUCGUAUUCUAAAUGUCAACCGUCUGAGGAAGACUCUCCUUACAGAAACACUUGUUUUGAUGCAUCUUAUCCAUCCUUCUUUAGGUAUUCAGUUUGUCCUUAUGAUUCCCAACAAUGAGGGGACCAACAAAUAGUUUUUGAUAAUUACUCUCAGUCUAAAAAUAUUACUGUGACCAAUAUGCUUGAUGAAUCAGUCUGAAUUUACAGGUUUUCAAGAACAAAAGACGCUUAUGGGCGAGGAAUCGUUAUAAAAAUCCAUUCUGCAUCAAGUGUUGAUUACCAGAUCUUUCAUAAUGGGCAAGAAUCAUGAGACCCUUUGGCAUGCGAAUUCAAGGUGAAUAAAAUCAGUCAUGAAAAGUAUAUCUGGGUGACAGUCCUCUCUAAUUCUGCCAAUUCUACUGUGACAAUUGAAGCCAAUCUUUCCAAAGUAGAGUUUACUUUUUGGACAAUUGUUCUUGUAUGAGUGGCAAUAAUUACAGUCAUUACUCUCAUAGUAUGAUUAUGUUCAGCCUUCUUAUGAGUCUACUGAGGAUGGUGAAGCAAAAAUGAUUCUAAAAACAGUAACAAUAAUAACCAAAUUGAACUCCCAGGACUUGCAGAGCUUGGCCAUCCUCAACUGCCCGUUGAGUCCCAAGUUGGACUAGCUCAAGCCCAAGUCCCUCCAAGAAUGAGCUCAAGAAUUAAUCAUAGAAGGACUAAUGCGUAUAGGGAUGUCUUCCAUAGAGCUAGGACUGACCUUACAGCUUGAAACAGUGAAACACAAUAAAGCUGUCUUAUUUUUGAAGUGUCCUCUUUAUCU